AGGUGCGCGCGGAGCCGCGGGUUUGAGUGUGGAGACCUCGCUAUGUCUGCGGGGCCGGCCGACUCGCCCCAGAUACCGGCACCGGGCCGGCGUAGGAAGGCCCUGUCUGAGCUGCUGGCGGGAAGAGUCAAUAAACAAAAAUAUAAACCUGAAAGGGAACAGAAACUACAGGAAGCAGCUGUGUGCCUCCUGAAAUGCCAUCAGAACUUGAAUGACCUAUUUCUUGAGGUAGAUGGUACACAAUGUAAAAAAACAUGGUGUUUUAGCAGUUUAAUUGACCAUGAAAGCCCUGGAGUCGCAGGUGGACAUUCUAAAUCCUUUGUAGUCUCUGCUCUACAGGAACAAGCUUCAAAGUUAGGUGUCCCAGUGGGAAUCCUGUCAGCUCGAACAACUGCCUCCAGCCUUGAGCAGCUAUGCCAGGAUCCAGAGGGAUCCAAGCAGGCUGCUCUGCUGAACUUGGAACAGAGGAAGAAAUUAUCCUCCCUAUUAGAUAUCGCCCAAGAUUUAUUGGAACGCGGUCUCUUUUGUCAUGUCUCCUUCUGUCAAGAAAUCUGGAAGGUGCAGCACUCUCUGGUACUUGAAGCUGUCUGGCAACUUCACACAAAAAGCAUUAUUGGCUUGGAAGAGCUGAUGGAGAGCCAUUCAGACUCCCAGACUGUGGUGGGUUGGCUGUAUAACAACUUGUGCCUUGUGUGUGAACAAAUGGAAAACUCCAUCCGAGAAGUGGAAGUUGCUGAGUGUAUACUUUCUGAUUUCAUGAAAAUUUUUGUUCUGAGGGGAUUUCAGAAAACACCAGAUCUGAGAAGAAAUGUAGAACUUGAAAAGGUGCCCCAGAUCUGUGUUGCUGUACUACAGAAAAUACUGAAGAAUAUACUUAGUGCUUUUGCUACUGAAAUACAAGAAGAGUCCUCUACAUUCAAGGCAGUGAAAUGCUGGUUGAAUAUGUUUAAGUGCUCUGUUUAUGGCAGUGUGGUUUCAUCAGAUUCUCUGCAAAGGUUUUUUUCUUACACUUUGACUCAGAUACUUAUUUAUAAUCCUGUGCUAAAAGUGUGUGAUGCUGUUCAAAGGCAGAAGGAUUGGAGCUUUGCAAGAACAUGUCCUUUGCUCACUACCUUGUAUCGAAGACUAUUUGUGAUUUUCACCCCCAAAGAGCUGAUUGGACAUUUGCAAGAAGUCUUGGAAACACAUGAGGUCAACUGGCAGCUUGUGUUGUCUUGUGUGUCUACCCUGGUUGUGUGCUUGGCAGAAGCACAACAACUUGUUAAAGAUUUGUUGGCCCAUUUGAUGAUCAAAGCAUUUGAGAGUUAUGACUUAGAAAGCAUGAUCACUGCAUUUCUGAUAACUCGCCAGGCUGCUCUGGAAGGGCCUUCUGUGUUCAUUCCUUAUGCAGAGUGGUUUAAGGUUUCCUUUGGGAAUGUUAGUGGUUACCAUGGCUGCAGUAAGAAGGCUUUAGUUUUCUUAUUCAAGUUUUUAUCAGACUUAGUACCCUUUGAAUCCCCACAGUACUUGAAGAUACACAUUCUUCACCCACCACUGGUACCAGUAAAAUAUCGGUCUUUGCUUAUGGAAUAUAUUACACUAGCCAAAACUCGAUUGGCUGAUCUCAAGGUUGCUAUAGAAGAUAUGGGACUUUAUGAGGACCUAUCAUCAACAAGAGAAGUUAUAGAGCCCCACUGCCAGGCACAACAAGAUGUCGAAAAGGCCAUUCAGGUAUUUGAACAGACAGGGAAGAUCCCGGUAACCGUAAUGGAAGCCAGUAUAUUUAGGAAACCCUAUUACAUGUCUCGUUUUCUCCCAGCUCUGCUCAUACCUCGUGUGCUUCCUGAAUCUCCUGAUUCCCGAAUGGUUUUUAUAGAUUCUCUCAGAAGAGCUGAUAAACUUCCUCCAAAUAUGUAUUCCAACUAUGUGCAAGCCUGUUCUGCUGCAGAAGAAAAACAACUAGAAGAUCAAGUAAUAAAAAUGGAGACUGGUAAUGCUGGAGAACCACUGGAGCAGUUAAAAAGCAAAUUAGAAGAUCUGAGAACCUUAAUAAUCGACCCUGUCAAUUAUGAUGCUUUGUCUGCUCAGAUUGCAGUGAUCUCUGAGAAACUGAAAGUUGUUCUGGGAGACAGUGAUAACAGUGGAAUUGAUGCCUCAAGGAUUCACAUUAACUUCCAUUCUCUAAAACUUGGGCAACAGGAACAGAAAGUCACUGAUCUUUUGCUGACAUCUUUUUGCCAAAACCUAAUGGCUUCUUCUAGAUUCAGUCCACCUGCUGAGCAAGGCUCCUGGCCAUCACUCUUUGUGAAGAUGAUCUGUGGACACAGGAAUCUCCUUCCUGCAUUGCUUGCCAGGUGCUGCCAACUUAUUUACCACCAGGGUGAAUGCCUGAUUGACAUUCAUGUUUUAGGCCUAGCUGCCUUGGCAGUUCACUUAAAUGAGUCAAAGUCCUUUGUUCCAGAAUUGGUUCUUGGAACCUCUGCCCAUGAGAAGACUUGCUUAGUCACAGCAUUCUGGGAGAAGCUUCUGGCAUGUAGAACACAGAAAUCCUUUUCCCUUUGCAUAAGGUUUUGUGUUGCAGCAAUUUCUUAUACUUUGUGCAAAUUUUCCUCCCACUCACAUGAUGUUUUGUAUAACUGUUUACCUGAAGGCCUCAUUAAAAAGGUGCAAUUUGUUGUGCUUCGAAUGUACUUGGAAGCCCGAGGAACUACUUGUCAAGAAGAUGUAGUGGAUCUCCCUUGGAAGAACUUGUCUUCUCCCUUUGUAGAUUGGAAGAAAGCUGCCCUCUGUUUGUGGAAGCAAAGAAAAUUCCAAGAACUUCUGAAGGAGAGACAAUUUCAGUUAACUUAUAGAGAUUGGCUGCUAUUUGAGAUGGAAGUCAAACCUGACAGUGAUAUUCUUUCAGAUGCGGAAAGACAAUAUUUUCAUCAGUGGGCUUUGUAUCAGCAAUACCUUCCAGAAUCUUCUAUGGAUGGAGGCUGUGAUGGAGAUUUGGAAAAAGCAUGUACAAUUCUUGUUGAGACAAUGGUGGAUUUCUGCCUGAGAUCCAGUAGUUGUUAUCCCUUGGAAAAUUCAGAAUUGUCCUUUUGUGGCAAUAUAGUAAGUCGUGAUGUUCUCUCCAGAUUACAGGAAAUGAUACUUGAACUGGAGCUGGAAAGGUGGAGGGGCUCAAGCAUUGGCCCAUCAGCUGAUGGUGGACAUUUCAUUUUCAGAGUUUUUCAAACAAGGUUACAGGCUAUGGGAAACGGUUUAACAGUUGGGGAGAGACUCUUGAGGCAACAGGAGCUGCUUGUGUACAAGAGUAUUCUCAUGGGACUUCCUCCUUCGGUUCUCAUUGGUACCCACGGGUCGGGAUGGCAGAAGUCUUUGCAUUGUGAAGAUUUCUUUCACUUUGUCAAUAACGAAUUGAAAAACAUCUCUCCUGGAGUGUGUGCCCUGGCCCAUGACAUUACCAUCCACUUCUUCAGGGGUCUCCUGAGUGCCUGUCUAAAUUGCAAGGAUCCAUCCAAAGAGGUCAACUUGAUCCUGAGAGCUUGUCAAACUCACUGUCCAAUAAUCUUGUCCUCUGCCGUGUUAUGGUGGCCAAGACUGGAGCCAGUGCUUCAGUGUCAGUGGAAGAGACACUUCAAGACUGCGUUGCCCCAGGAAUUAGCACACAUUGCCACAUGCCGGAAGUUUGCCACGACCUUCCUGUCUCCCGAGGCAGCGCUUUCUUCCAGCCCCUGCAUUACCUGGAUUUCUGCUGCUUCUCUGCAUUUCGCAGUUCAUCAACAGGCUGACCAGGACAUCACCAAAAAAGCCCUGAAGAAGUUGGGAUGUGAAGGAGAGGAGCUGUUGGUGUCUCUCUUCUUCUUCUCCCUCCUGGGCCUUCUCUCAUCGUAUUUGGCACCAAAUGAUGGAAUGAAUUCCCUGAAAUUUUUAGAUGUCUGUGCAGAGGUCCUUGGAUGUUUGGAGAAAAGAAAAAUAUCUUGGUUGGUUCUCUUUCAGCUGACAAAGAAAGAAAAUGCAUCAAAUGGAAGGUAUCAGAUUCUUCUGCAUUUGGCCUCAGACCAGCACAUCAGGCUGUUGCCUUUUGCCUUCUACAGCCUUGUUGCCUACUUUGAUGAAGAUCUCUUUAAUAGAGAGCAAGCCUUUCUGUAUGUUGCUGUUGACAUGUACCUCAAGUUAGUCCAGCUUUUUGUAGCAGGAGAGACCAGUAAGAUUUCAGCCAAAGCUUACUUCAGCCAAGAGCACAGCAAACAGGUGGAUCCUUUAGGACUGAUAACAAAAGCCCGUCUGUUUCUGCUCCGAUCAAUACCACAGUGUCCAAAGAGAAGCUUUUCGUGUGUAAUGGAGCUAUUGGCCACCUGUGAAGAGUUUGACCCAGAGCUGAAAGCUGCUCUCCUGGGGAGCCAGCAGUCCCCUGAAGAUGCUGACUUAUACAGUGAACCUCUUCUCUUCUGAAUGAUGUCUGUGCUGUGAGUGCC